AUGGGCGGCAUCUACGGUGUGCUGACGCGCCGCCGCGGCGUCAUCAUCGGCGAGGAAAACCGCCCCGGCACGCCCAUCUACAACGUCAGGGCGUACCUCCCUGUUGCGGAGUCGUUCGGCUUCACCGCUGACCUCCGCGCCGGGACGGGUGGCCAGGCGUUCCCGCAGUGCGUGUUCGACCACUGGCAGCAGUACCCGGGCGAUCCGCUGGAGCCGAAGUCGCAGGCCAACACGCUGACGCUCAGCGUGCGCCAGCGCAAGGGCCUGAAGCCGGACAUUCCGCCGCUGGACUCCUUCCUCGACAAGCUAUAG